UUAUUCAAAACUAUCAGCAAGGAUGAAGAUGUUUUGGGACUAACUGUUCAAUUUUAUUCGUUGAAAGUCUCACCCCUACGACAAGUGAAUGUCCGUGGAAAUGAAAUUCUGGUUUAUUUCAUGGGCAAAAAAAGGAAGAAUAAUUUGGGAUCAAUACCGUAUCCGAUAAGAAAGCAAAUGAUAUCGGAUAAAAAGGAUGAAAACAAAGCAAAAAAAAGAAAGACAAAGGAUCAUGUUGCAUCAUAUAUCCAGUUAAAAAGGAAUAUCAAAAAUGGUAGUAAUAGGAGCAGGAUGGAUGGUUGUGAUUUGUAG